UUUUCAAACAUCCCUCGCUACGGGGAAACGAAGCGAUAGGCGUACUACGCCACAGUAAAGCGUCUUUUCUCGAAUAAGUCUAAUGUUUAAUGUACAAGUCGUAUGAUAUAAUUAAAUUCCGUAGAACGCAAUACAAUAUUCUUAUAAAAUAAUAGAUAAUUUAAUAAAUUAUACCGUUGCUGCUGGUAUUGCACGAUAGAGAAUAACUCGCGGACGAUUGAGGAGUGUUCUGGCAGCAGACGAUAACAGGUCAGAUUCAACUUUAACUUCCGUAGGUACCGACCAUGCUGCAGGAAGAUUCGUCUGAUUCGAACGGCGAGGGCGUGCUGAUUGCUGAAUACGCAUCCAACACGACCAAGCGACAGGUGUACUUGGAAUUUUCCGAGUUCAGUCCGGCGCAGAUACAAAAAAUCGAAGAUAUUUUCAACCAGUAUGAUGCAAACAAAGAUGGAUACUUGUGUCGGAAUGAAUUAAAACGAAUGAUGAUCAAACGUCGAGUUCCAUGGACUGAAAACUCAUUAAGUCAACUGAUUGAUGAUGUGGAUAAAGACAAAGACGGAAAAUUGACUUUUAGAGAAUUUGUUAUGACAAACCGUAAAACUUUGGAGUACUGUCAACGUGCAUUAGCCAAACAAGAAAAAGUAGACUUUAACAAAGUUGGUAUAAAAGGUGUAAGAGACUUCUUCGAGGCAAAGGCUAAAUAUUCAAAAUAAGCAGUGCUGCUGUUUCAGCAAAAUGUAUCGAAAAAAAUGUUCAAUCUACCAGUGUCUAGUGAAUAUAUUUAAAAACCACAAAUUUGAUUAUUAUUUACACAGAAUUGUUGAAAUAAUAUUGACUGUAAUUUAUCAAAUAA